GUUUGGGCUAAGGUUAUGGAGAAGUAUGGAUUUGGUGAUGAUGAGUGGUUGACAAUAAUGUAUGGGAUGAAAGAAAUGUGGGCAACUGCAUUUAUGAGGGACAAAUUCUUUGCAGGCAUAAGAACCACGUCAAUGUGUGAAGGGAUCAAUUCAUUCAUCAAGAGCUAUGUUCAAUGUAAAAACAGUUUGAUUGAUUUCAUUCAUAAUUUUGAGAGGGCUGUGAAGGAGUACCGACACAAUGAGUUAGUUGCUGAUUUUAACACAAUGUAUACAGAACCUUUGCCCACUACUUCCCUUGGUUAUAUUGAGCGAGGUUUCUCCCAUAAAUUGACAAGGAGCAUGUUCAAUGAAGUUAAAACUCAGAUUCAAUAUGUGGGUGGCUUAAAUAUUAUCCAAAGGACUGAGGUCAAUGAUGUGGUGAUGGUGAAGAUGAACAAGGCUUUGUAUGAAAGGCGUGAGUAUGUGGUGUUAUAUGACAAGAAUUCUUCAAAGUUUGUGUGUGAUUGUGGUCACUUUGAGUAUUAUGGAAUUCCUUGUUCUCACAUGAUAUGUGCAAUGAGAAAUGAGAGACUGGCUGAAGUUCCUGAUAGUCUUAUUUGUAAACGGUGGUCAAGGACGGCUAAGGUGGACUACAUGAAUCAGAUUAAUGACACUGUUACUGGCAAUGAUUCAAAGAAAUUGGCGAUGUUAAGGAGGGGUGUGCUUUCUGCUGCUUGCAACAUACUAAGUGAAAUAGCUUGUGAGAAUGUGAAUGAUUUCUCUCAAGUCUUGCAGGACAUAUAUAAGUUGGCUGACAGUGUUCAAAGGCGUAGGGUGGGAAACAAAACCAUCCGCACUGGACCAUUCUUGAUUGGUGAUCCCGCUGUGGUGAUCACAAAGGGGCGCAAGAAGAAAGGUGGGAAAAAGACAAGGUUAUGCUCAAGAUGCAGAAUGCCUGGUCAUACAAUUCGCACAUGCCCGGAAAUGCGUGAAGGUCAAGGAGUUGGUUCCCACGACACUGCUAUGAGUGAUUCAUCUGUGGAGCUUGAUGAUGUUGAUGAGGUAUUGCCAUAUAAUGUAACUAUGCCUGGAGUCUCCUCACUUGAAGUUGCUGGAAAAGGCAAAGGCAAGGAUCAGAGUGUUAACGAAGCUUGUUCUCAAGAUUUGAAUUAUCCUUUUAUGACUCCUUUGACCCAGGAGUAUUUUCAUCCUGGAAUGAACAUCAUGGAUGGGUUCACUUUGCCAUCAUACCCUGGGAUUCGCAUAUGUGAACCUGGAUCUUCUACACAAGUCCCAACUUUUGUGGGUUGCUUAAAUGAAGUUGAGCGGAAGGCCAAGGCUGCACGCAUUUAUGUUAGCGAUAGCAGUGGAGAAGAUUGAUGUUGUUGGGGAUGAUGAUGCGGAGGAGUAGAUGGUGAAGACACUUUGAUUGACUGUAGUUUAGGUUGUGGUAGUUUUUGGAUUGAUUAAUGGAAAUGUUGAUACCUAAUAGCAUACACUUUAAUUAAUUUGCACUGUGUUCUGUUGGUGCCAGCCACAUGUGUUG